UCCGGCUUUGUCACAAAACGGUGGGGUGGACGGACGAGUGCGACAGCGCGUCGCUCGCUUUCUGCUAAAAUCACAUUCUGUCCUUUCACUAAAAUGAAGAAUCAUAGAGAGGACGUGGAGGACGCUUCCCUUACUGGUCAAUUCACGUCGGAUGCAACAAUGUCGAGGAAGACGACACGGAGCUCACUGAGGAUUUAUUUGGCCUUUGUUCUGUUGGAUUGUUGUUGCCCGGCGGCAUACGGACAGCUCUCUUACACCGUUUCCGAGGAGGCAAAGGUGGGGACCUUUGUUGGAAACGUGGCCAAAGAUUUCAACCUCAACGUGCACGAGUUGGACGAGCGCACGUUUCGGAUUGUGAGUGGCUCAAAAAGGAAAUAUUUCGAGGUGAAUGUGAAAACUGGCUUUCUUUAUGUGAGUGAGCGCGUCGACCGAGAGGAGCUGUGCGCUCAGGCUGCAGCAUGCACCGUCAAUGUCGAGGCGGUUAUCAACAAACCUUUAAAGCUCUAUCGGCUGGAAAUCAAUAUCGCCGACAUUAAUGACAAUGCGCCGUAUUUCCUGGAGAAGGUUCAGACAAUUCACAUCGCGGAGAGCACUUUGCCCGGGGCGACUUUUGGUUUCAUCGGUGCGUCGGAUCUCGACGUUGGGACGAAUAGUGUGACUGCGUACACGAUCAGUCCGAAUGAUUAUUUUUCUCUCGAUUCGCGCAAAGGGGGCGAGAGUGUGGCUUCUAAGCUCGUGCUGCAGAAGCCAUUAGAUCGAGAGAAACAACGUUCCGUUACGCUGACUGUGACCGCAGUGGACGGCGGGAAUCCACCCAAAUCCGGCACGUGUCAAAUUCAGAUCAACGUUUUAGACAAUAACGACAAUCCUCCUUUGUUUAGCAGUUCUCUGUAUAAAACGCGGAUUGCUGAAAACUCACCGCGAAAUAAAACGGUCAUCGCCUUGAAUGCAGCUGACGCCGAUGAUGGCUCGAAUGGUGAAAUCGAAUUUUCACUGAGGAGUAAAGGGCAGGAUCGUGUUCUAGAUUUAUUUGGAAUUCAUCCGAAAACAGGCGUCAUUUUUGUCAAAGGAAAAAUUGACUAUGAAGCAAAUUCUGCCUUUGAGAUUCACGCGCAGGCCACAGACAAAGGUCAUCCGCCCAUGUCCACUGAUUGUAAAGUGCUGGUCGAAGUGGAGGACAUCAAUGACAAUGCUCCCGAGAUGAGCGUGACGUCACUGCUGCGCACAGUUCAGGAGGAUGCCGAGGUCGGCACCGCUGUCGCUCUCGUCUCCGUCAUGGACAACGACGGAGGAAGCAACGGUGUCGUUAAAGUUGCCAUUGCAAAUAAGACUCCUUUUCAAUUGGACACAAAUUAUCAAAACUAUUAUUCGUUAAUAGUCAAUGGGCCGCUGGACAGGGAGACUCAAAGCGACUAUAACAUCACGAUUGUGGCGAUUGACGAAGGCGCUCCACCUCUGUCCGGCACCAGCGUUAUUCGCGUGCACGUCUCAGACGUCAACGACAACAAGCCUCGCUUCUCGGAGCCCCUCGUUAAUGUUUACAUCAAAGAAAAUAGUCCGCCGGGAGCGCUGAUACAUAAAGUGACUGCGGUCGAUGACGACGUCCAUCAAAACGGGCGCCUGACUUACUCGUUGCUGCAAAGUAGCACCGACUCGAUUCCGAUAACGACGAUGCUAAACAUCGACUCGGAGAGCGGCGACAUCGUCACUUUGCAGUCGUUCGACUACGAGGCGCUGAAGACGUUGGAGUUCAAGGUUCAGGCCGCAGACCGCGGCGUUCCCCCGCUGAGCGGCGAGGCGAGCGUCAACGUUUUCAUCCUGGACGAGAACGACAACAGUCCCGGCAUCCUGCCGCCCUAUUCCGAGCACGGCUCGGCGAACGGCGAGAGCGUCCCCUAUUCCGCCGAAGCGGGCUACUUUGUGGCCAAGAUCAGGGCCGUGGACGCGGACUCGGGAUACAACGCGCUGCUCUCCUAUCACCUGUCCGAGCCCAAAGGCGGCGGCGGCGGCGGCGACGAGCUCUUCCGGAUCGGAAGCGGCACCGGGGAGAUUCGGACCAAGAGGAGAAUGAGUGACGAUGACCUGAAAAGUCACCCCUUGGUGGUGUUGGUGUGCGAUCACGGAGAAGCCUCCCUGUCGGCUACUGUGUCUAUUGAUGUGCUGGUGCUGGAAAGCACAGCCGACAUCCGCACUCAGUUCAGACACGUGCCCAGAAAGGAGGAGAGCUUCUCCCGUUUCCACUUGUAUCUGCUCAUCGCCAUUGCGGCCGUGUCGCUCGUCUUUCUGCUCAGCCUGCUGGCUUUCGUGGCCUUCAAGUGCCGCGGACGGACGGACGGCGCCCCGAUGAUCGCCGCCCACCCCGACGGGAGCUGGUCUUACUCCCAAGCCACUCAGCAGUAUGACGUGUGUUUGGGCUCGGACACGCUCAAGAGCGACCUGGUGCUCUUCCCCUCGCCCUUUCCGCCGGGGGAAGCGGAACUCAUCAGCAUUCACGGCGGGGACACCUUCGGCAGGACUCAGACUUUGCCUCAUAGCGAGAAGGUAGGAAAAUCCCAUUAACUCGAACGCUCAUGCGAUUCACACAGUAAUUAAAAAUAGAAUGUUUUG